AAGUCGGCCUGGACAUCAGUUGUCCCAACGCACUCCCUUCGAACGAAACUGCCUCUUUGCUUCCCUCGCACCGCUUCCCUUUUUUCCGAGAGCGAAUGAAGAGAUCUCGACGCUCGUGCACGCCAUGGAGGUCACUUCUUCUCCCUCCUUCGUCUUCUCUCCCUUCUCUCUGCUUUGGUCUUACUUCUUCUCGCUCGCUGAGGCGUCUCCGCGGAAACUUAGACGACGACGGAGAGAGCGGGAGAAAGUGGAACUUUUCGUCGGGUGACGAGAGCAGGGCGCUAGGAAAGGACAACGCAGCGUCAUCUUUUCCUCAGUCUGAAACUGUGUGUCGGUCUCGUCGGUACUGCGGUUUCGUCGGUCUCUCACGCUCUUGUUCUCUUUCCUUCGCUCCGAAUUCCUGUUCCUCUCGUGGUUCUUCUCGCCGUCUCCCUUCUCUCUCUCGUCUACUCUCUCUCACUGAUUUGUUUCGUUCUUCGUCUUCUGGUGAACCCCCCGCCUCGCAUUCGUCUUCGUUCCUCUGCUGGUCUUCCUCGCGUCGAAAAAAUGUGCUGUCUGUGUCUCUCCCUCCCUGGCUUCCUUCCCGCGCUGUCUCCGUCUCUCUUCUUUCGUUUGGAAAUUUUCCUCCUCAUUCAGGACUCAGUCGCGUCCCGUCAUCGUCUUGCCCGAACGCUGGUUUGCCUCUCUACACGCGUUCUUCUCCAUCUCCAUUCCCUUCCCUCUCUAUGUCUCCUCUCUCAGUCUCGCACUCAGCCUCUCUGGCUCGCUGUCUCUCUGCUUCUUCCUCCUCUUCGUCUUCUCUCUGUUCUUCUCUUCGUUAUUUUUCUCUCCGUUCUUCUUCUCUCUGUUCUUCUUCUCUCUGUUUUUUCUGUUCUCUCCCUGCUUCCUCUCGCUCUCCGUGCUCUCCCUGUCCGACCCCCCCUCUCCGUUCUUGUCGCCUUUCGUCGCCGCCGUUCUCGCCUUCUCUCGACGCUGCAUCUGUGCCGCUGUCAGACGUCCGCGCCCACCGGCAGGAGACUCUUUCUCGAGUUUUUCUCCCUCUCAGACAAGACAACGAAGAUCUGGAAAAACGGGUGAAGGAGGCUGCAGAAACGCUGGAAAACGCAGAGCCCAAGCGAGCAACUACAGCGAGAAACGAAGCCGAAGGAGACACCUGUCUCUUCCUGCCUCAGGGGGAGAGGAGGAGAGACGCUGACGCAAGCGAGAGAGAACGCACCGGGAGAUCCAAGGAGAGCGAGGAGCAACGGAGAAGCCGAGAUACAGACAAUACAUUUCGAGAGACAGAACAUGUGACCACGAUGGAAGCAGGAGCACCUGCACUGAGAGCGUUUGAAGAGACCACAAAGAAGAAGAAAGCCGGAGGAAAGAGAAGCACAAAGACCAAGGCAUCGGCUGAGGGCCAGGCCGGCUCACAGAGAGAGGUAAUCGGUGUUCCAGAAGCCGUCAGAAAGAACAAGAGGACGGAGAAGGCUUGCUCUGCGGGCGCUUCCCUCGAUUCCUCCGCGAAAAAGGAGAAGCAACGAGAGAAAACGAAGAUAUCGAGGAAAAAACAUGUUGUCUUCGACCCCAAGGAAGCCUGGAGUGCCUUCCUGAACGCUUCAGAGAAUCGGGUCAUCGCUUUCUCGGAGUUCCAAGAACAGUGCCGAGUGACAGGGGAGGCGGGUCGUCGAGGUGACCUCCCGACGGACGAGGUGCGGGUGGUCGUCACCACCGUUGCGGAGCUGGAAGCUCUCCUUCAGUCCCAGUUCGUCGUUUCCUCUGCUUUUCGGCCGUCGUCGCCCGUCGGCGAGGCCUCUGCGCUUUCCUCUUCUCUGUCUCCUCGGUCUGCCGGCGCUUCGUCGCUGUCAGGUCUGUGGAGACCCCCGUUCUCCUCCCUCUCCGGUUGCUCGCCAAGCGCUGCUGCUUUCCUGUCGCCUCCCGCCUCUCUCUGCACUUUGCUUUGCUUGUUCGAGGACGGGAGCACAACUACUCGGUCCUCUAAGCGUCUGACGGAGGCGCGGUACUCGAAUCGAACCUAUCGCUCUCGCUUUCCAGAGCCGGUGGCAUUCCUCCUCUCGCUCGCGCAUGCGCCAGACGCGGCGGCGCCCAGAGCACUUGGACCGAGGAAGGGGGAAGACGCUGCAGAAGACCGAGAGACGGAAGAAGCCCGGUCUUCUUCCGCGAACUGUCAGGAGGGACGAGAGAGACAGCGAGGAGAGAGGCGCGACGACGCGAAGAUGGUUUCUACUAGGGAGUCCGAGACCAAGAGAGAUCGGGGAAGUCGAGAGCAAACGACCUUGCCCUUCAGGUGGCUGCAUGUUCUUCUCCCUUGUAAUCCGCGGCUCUUUGGAGACGCACGGAUGCAUCUGAACGGUUCGCCCAGGACAGCUGCGCCGCCUCCUUCGUCCACAGUGUCUUCUUCUCCGUCUUCUUCGUCGGCGUCCUCUUUUCUCUCGCGCUCUUCGUCUGCAUGCUCAAUGGCUGCAGCCUGCUCCUCUUCGAGCCUCUCCUCUUUCCCCUCUUCCUCUUCGUCUGUCUCCUCGCUGUCCACUUUGACGUCUCUGUGUCUGCAGUCGGGAUCCCGCGCGUCUGCAGACGAGCUCACCGAGAAGAUUUGGGAGACGAUUCGUCUGGUAGCGCACAUUGACGGACUGAUGCUUCGGAGUGGAGGACCGACGUUCUGUUUCUCUGCUCAAGAGACGCUGCGCCCUCUUCUUCAGAGGUUUCCGAAGGACGUCUUAGGUUUUCGGACGCUCCUCGACGGUAGCUUGGUGCACUGGCUGCUCCAUCCGGACGACCCUGUCGACACAGCGAAGCCGGGCGCCCUCGAGCAGUGCGUGCUGUUGAACGAGCAAGAAGCGAAAACAGCGAAUCCAGAUUCUUCUCUCCCUUCUCCGCUCCCUUCGCUCUCUUCGUCGGCCUUCCCUCUCGAUACCAGGGUGUCAAUGGACCUUUCGAGCGACGCAAAGCGACAGAGCGAAGAGGGAGAAGAGGGAGAAGAGGGAGAAGAGGGAGAAGAGGGAGAAGAGGGAGAAGAAGAAUUCGACGGCGGAGAAGGGGAAGAAGACAGCGAACAAGGAGAGGCGGAGAGCCGGAGUGUGGAGAGUGGAGAAGCAGGGGCGAGUCGAAAAAAAUCGAGCGAGAAUGAAAAGACAAAGAAAGCCGGCAAAACGACGCGGCCAGCGACGGAAGAAGACACACUGGAGGUGGCAGACCCUCGUUUAGCUGCUUUCAAGGCGCAACUCGAGGUGACUGCGGAAGACAAGGGAGCUUCUGGGGUGUCGUCGACUUCCAGCUUCCACUGGUUCCGAGUCUUCCACGACGCUGUUCUUCUCGCGCGUCUCGCCCUCGCUUCGCGUCACCUCCUUCGGACUCACCAACUUGUCCAGCCGCUGCUAACGCAGGAGAUCCCCAUGGCUUCUCUGCUCGCCCUCCUUGACGUCACGGGCAUUGCCAUCCAGCCUCACUGUCACGAACAGCUCAAAUCGGCCCUAGAUGCAGCCCUCGUAGCCGUGGAGAAAGAAGUGAAUCGAGUAGCUGGGACUUCUUGUGUUCAAGUUGCGUCGCCUCUGCAGCUUUCCAGUUUGCUGUUUGAUCACCUCGCGCUUCCUCUCCCUGCUCGGGCAAUGGCCGUUCGUGGAAGUCGACCGCGAAAAGCCGCAAAGAAAACUCUCGCGCGCUCCACGGCAGAAGAAGUCCUCCAGGAAAUCGUGGACCUGCAUCCUGUCGUCCCCCUGAUCCAGAACUUCAGAUCUCUCGCGAAACUUCGCUCGACGUACUUGGAGAGCACAGCUGCCCUCUCCUUGUCUUCUUCGUGCGCUCUGAGUGCGCCUGAGGGGGCGCCGUUCAAAGUUGCGUUCAAGCUCUACGACAGAGAGGAAGAAACCUGUGAGCCAGCUUCCGACAGCGAGACGCAGACAGGAGAAGAAGGUGGAAAGGCGUCAGACACGCACACCUGCUUCGCGGACGCUGCGCGCGACUAUCCGGCGCUCUAUCCAACGAAGCACCCUCGAGUCUUCACGCGGUGGAACCAGACUCGCACCGUCACCGGCCGUCUUUCUUCCUCGUAUCCGAAUCUGCAGAAUAUCCCUAAAGUCAUGGUGCUUCCGUCUCUCUCUUCUCUCGCAUCUUCUCCAUCUUCCUCUUCUUCCUCUUCUUCUUCCUCUUCUUCGUCGUCUGGUUCUCCUUCUUCGCUCUCUUCGAGUUCGUCGGAUUCUUUGUGGCCGUUGUCCUCUCAAUUGCCAAAGGCGGUGAAUUGCCGUGAGGCCUUCCGUGACGAUGUUCAAGAUGGCUCGGCUGUCGUCGUUGCUGCGGACUACGCCCAGAUCGAAAUGCGGCUUCUGGCUCACUUCUGCGGAAACGGACCUCUGCAGUCGCUUCUGACGGGUCGAGCCUCGCGAGAGGGUCGCGGGGGCGCCUCGGAGGAAAACGACUCGCAGGCGCCCAUCGACCUCUACAGAGAAAUGGCCUCCUUGUAUGCGGAGAUCCCCUCUCACGAGGUGACGAAGGAACUCCGAGACAAAGUGAAAGUCACUUGUCUCGCCUUGAUCUACGGCAGCGGCACAUGCACAAUUGCGAGGCAAAUGAACAUUUCCUUGGCGGCUGCUUCUGCCUUUCGCUCGAAAUUCCUUUUUGUCUUUCCGGAUGUGUCACACUUCAUUCGGAGCAUCAUAGCAAAAGGUCGCGAAGACGGCUUCGUCACGACCCUCACAGGAAGAAGGAGAUACGUUCCGGAGGCGAAAAGCAACAGCAGCCACGUGAGAGCUCUCGGCGAACGCCUCAGCGUCAACAGCUGCAUUCAAGGAUCAGCCAGCGACAUCAUGAAAAUCGCCAUGAUGAGACUUCAAGCUGAACUUCUCUCUUUGUAGGUCGCGAUAGACGCGUAGCGACAUGCGCAUUUCCUGGGAGUUUCUCCUCCCCCCGCCUCCGUCUGUGUUGUCUGUACUUUCUACCGACAUGUGGACACGUAGAUUUGUCUUUUCUCCAGAGAUGUGCAUCGAAACACAGAUAUUUACAUCUGAAAAAUAUUGUUACCUAAAUACCUACAUAUAUGUAUAUGUAUAACUGCAUAUACAUGUACGUGUUUGUGCACCUAUCUGUCAAUCGACCAUAUAUAUAUAUAUAUAUGUAUGUACACACACAUAAAUCCAUCUGUAUAUACAUUUAUAGUUGUUGACAGAUAACUGCUUGGCACCCGAAUGAUGCAUUAGCGAGGAUUUAGGUUGCAGAUGCGUGAGUCGAGAUUUCCGGCCUUUCUUUAUGGAGUCCUGUACAGCUGUCUGUGAGGAGCUCCUUGCAUGCGAACAUCCUGCAGAAGCGGCCGUCUUCAGGUGUUUAACUGGGUUUUUCGUGCUUAUGUACAAACGAAGUCCUUCUUCCGCUUGUGUUUGUGUUUGGGGAGUAGCAGGUUCCAUUUUCAUCAUGUAGUGAGAGAACGCGUGGCGCCGAAAUUGCUUUUUUCUGAGUUUUGUGCUGUGUGCCGCAGCCGCUGUUGAAUUCUCGUAGACUUCAAUUCUCUCUGGAUGUUUAUUCACCUUCUGCCCCGUUCCACGUGUGAAUGUCUUCUGUCCGUCUCUCCACUUCUUCUUUUCUCCUGGCUGUGGUUCUCGUUUCGCAGUCCUUGGGCGCCGGACGCGCUCCCGCCUCGGCUUCUGCUGUCUGUCCACGAUGAGCUCGUGCUGCACUGUUCGCUCUCGCAUCUCGCGCCUCUGUCAAAAAUGAUAAAAUCGAGUCUAACUGAAAACAUGCCUGUCGACGUCCCUCUCGACGUCUCCAUCAGUGCAGGUCCGACAUGGGGAAACCUGACGAAACUCACUGUCUGACUCCGCUUCACCUGCAUGCAAAGUCACCUCUCCCCUCCCCCCGUACACAGCCUCACAUGUUCACAUACGUAGGAUACAUGUAUCGUAUACACAAGUAUAUAUCUAUGCAUGUUUUGUUUGUGUGUGUUUUCUCCGCGAGCACAUCGGCACACACACACACUUAGGUAGAUCUGUUCGCGCAUGUUUCUGUGGGGAUUGCGCUGGCCCGGUUCAGGGCGGGGACGCGGUGCUGCCUGUCUGCACUGGCGAGUCGACCCUGAGUUUCUCGAGGAAGAAGAGUGGAGAAAAAAGAACCUCGAAGAAGGAGGGAGGAGGAGAGGGAGGAAAAGCGUUUUUUCCUGCACAGAGCAUCGAAGACGCGCAUCAACAAGCGCCUCCGAGGAGACUCGCCACAUUUGCAAAGAUCGAAAAGACAUUUGUUGUCUCGCGGGAGAGUGCCGAGGGAAGAAUUCCAGAGACGCCAUAGCCCGCGGGCGGGUGUCUCCGCAGCCGCGCCGCCGCUCCAGAGAUGUCUGUUGUCGCAUUGCCGUUUGCUUCCGCACAUGUCUCCGCUUGCCGUUGCUGGUGCAAGACUUGUGAAGACAGGUUAUUUGACUUUUAAAGAAGAGUUUGUCGCC